AUGCCUACUUCUUCGACGCUUGAAGGGUAUUACCCAAGUGGCGUCUCUGUGACCCCCACAGCAACUUGUGAUUCCACCUCGAGCAGUGUUCUCAGUCGGUUCGAAAGUCAUCAAGGAGGACCCCUGCAAACAGCGCCACAGCAACAACACCACCAACAACAACAGCAGCAGAUAAUCGAUUUGGAGGGCCUCGACAUAGAUUUCAUCCUUAGCAGUUCCGUAGAGCAGAGGGAUGAGGCUUCCACGACUACAUUGGUUUCAACAAGCGCCACCGGGGGUCAUUUAGUGCCUCUAGCCCAAUCUCCUCAGUACACUACUUCCAAUCCUUCCACCUCCACCACUGUCACCUCUGAUAUGAUGUAUCCCAAGACCGCGUCUACAACACCCUCUUCGACUACCGUCUUUACUGGUGUCGUUCCUACAGGCGGCUUUUCCUACGCCUCUAAUUUGGACCAAGUCUCCGUUCCCCAGUACACCACCCUUGGUGCUUCCCCAUCCACCACGCGUUGGGAGCAAUCGGGUUUCUAUAGCAGUGCCUGCGUUCCCCAAUCCUCCUUGCCUCCAUCAGCCUUCAAAGUGACACGCAAAGACGACCUUCGGUACUCCACAGUUGGGUAUCAAUUCUGCCCCCAAAUUACCCACCUACCAGAUCCCUCUCAGCAUCCACCUCCCUCGGCAGCAGUCUAUCAGACCUCCUUCAUCUAUCCAAAAGAUGCCGAGUUUUACUCGCAACGCGGUCUCGUCAACGCAUUGACACCACCCGCCACACCACCAGCACUAGGUGUGAAGUCAAUACCUACACGACGGAGGAUGAGAACAGCGGGCGGUGGUGGUGGAGCGAAAUCAACUGUUUCUUCAGCCAAGAAAAACGUGGCUUUGAUACACAUGUGUCCAUUUGGCACCUGUGCCAAGGCCUACUCUAAGUCUUCGCACCUGAAAGCGCACAUGCGAGUGCAUACGGGAGAGAAGCCGUUUCCUUGUGAUUGGGUUGGUUGUAACUGGCGGUUUGCGCGAUCUGACGAGUUAACACGACACUAUCGAAAACACACUGGAGACAAGCCCUUCAAGUGCAGCGUCUGCCAACGCGCUUUUGCACGCAGCGACCAUCUCACAUUGCACAUGAAGAAGCACCGCAAUCCUAGCUAA